CUUCACCUACCCAUGAACAUCUUCGUAAUGUUGGCUAGCGGUACAGCUCUAUAAUAAAUGGUUCGUUAGUGAAAGCUUACAAAUAACGCCUCCCAACUAACUGGGCAGUCGCGUGUUGCCAUGGCAAGCUUUUGUUUUGUCCUAUGUCAGAUUUGUUGUGUGAGGUUAUGUCGUAUCGAUUUCGAGGGUGUUUUGUUUGUAUUCAUCUAUUCACCUAAAUAAACGAAAUACGUGCAAUGAAUUUAGACGAAGACGUUGAUUUCGUGACUAGUAAAAAGUCAGCUGCCAAACAGGGUAGGAGAGCAAGUAGAACUUUGUUGACAGAAGAGGCAGUCGAGCUCGAGGACAAUGAUAAUAGUGAAACUACUUCAUCUUCAGGACCAUUCAAAAUGAGAAAAACUGCAGUUUGGAGCGAAGAUGUACCCAAAUCCUCCAAGGGCAAACCCGGGACUAACAUCAUAGAAUUGGAAAGGUUUCAAGGAGAUAAUAGAGACAAUUGUAAGGAGGAAGAUGAUAUUCCUGUCAUUCCAGAUAUUGAUGACCUGCAAGAUGACCCAUUGAACUUACCUGAUGCUAAACCUGUAGUUUCAGUUGAUAAAUCAACCUACAAAGAGAUAGAUACACAGUUUGGCAAGUUCCAAACUGAACAAGUCAGCUUUGGAAACAUAGGAGAUAUUGACCUAUCAUUCCUCACUAGUCAGCUGUUCCCUGAAAAGGAAGUACAGGUUCCUAACGAAGCUUGGACAGUGGAUUCCCUAUAUAAUGAUUUAUAUCACUCCUCACAUCAUGAAUAAAUGUAAGAUUACAUCAAGUUUGGAUGUUUGUUAAUAUGACAUAUGUUAUUCUUUUGCUGGAUUAAAAGAUAAUGCACUGUUGACAAAAAAACAAUAAAACUGUAUUAUGCUAGGAUGUAGCUUUUAUUUUGCUUAUGGGGCUAUGAUAUGAUCGUUUUUAUCGUGUUCGUAGCCUAUUUAAAACUAAUGAAAUUCGGUACGAAACUGCCUAUAUAUAUAUAUAGGUACUAUAGUUAUAAAUGUACUUGAACAACAAAAAAAUCGAAC